UUUCCGCACAUGCGUUUUAGUACGGUGUGGUGCGCAUGCGCUGUGCGAAGCGUUAGCAGCGAGACAGGUUUGUGAUGUGGGGUUCUGUUUUAAAGUGUUAAUGUGGAAUAUUUAGUGGAAUUCAGAUGGAGGAGAACGGAACCGACAUGCAGACUGAGUCAGAGCAGUGUGUUUAUGUGUGUGCGAGACGGAAGCUGGAUAAUCUGCUGAAUAAGAGCAUGAAGAUCCGUAUGACGGACGGGAGAACGCUGCUCGGCCUUUUCCUCUGCACAGAUCGAGACUGUAAUGUCAUCCUGGGUUCUGCUCAGGAGUUCCUCCGAACCACCGACUCGUUCUCUCAGGCUGAGCCACGUGUUUUGGGGUUAGCGAUGAUUCCUGGUCACCACGUUGUGUCCAUUGAGGUGGAAACGGAGAGUUUACAGAGCCAAGGCCUUUGAGCAGGGCAUCAUGGGAAAUGGAGUUUAACUGUCAGUGUGUGGAGUCAAAUGUGUGUGAGGAUACAGGACAAUAGCAAGACACACGCCAUUACUAUUCACAUCUGUGUGUGUGUGUGUGUGUGUGUGUGUGUGUGUGUGUGUGUGUGUGUGUGAAUUAAUAAACACUGGUGGUAAGAGUAAAUGUGUUUGUUUAACAGUGAGAGAGUGUGUUUAUAUAUAUCUAUUGUGAUAUCACACGCGCACACAUGCACACGCAUCAGUUCAUGUAGCAGUUACAUAUAAAGUCCUUGUUAACUACA